AUGGCUACACUGACCGAUAGAACAUAUUUCCCUCCGCUCGAGGAGUGUUUAUCGGGCAGGCGAAUUAUCCUGUCGUGGAAGAUUGUCGCUUCCUCGCUCGAGGACUCGUCAUCCGAUCGUCUCGCUAGCGCUGCAGUAUCUGCCUUUCUCCGCGACGGCUACGUUCAGCAGCUGCUUAAGGAACCCACCAGACCCUUCGAGCCGCCCUCGAACCAGUCCAAGCUCGAUUUUGAGACCAAGACCGGCGCUAUCAACAUCGUUCCGUCACCAACAGACCCGUAUGACCUCGACACGAUCAAGGGCGACGCACGAUGGCUGAGCAAGAAUGCAAAUGUCAAUGAGGUUGCCGCCCUCCGCAUCGUGCUUGUGGAAUACCAGUCGCGAGCUCGCAGCCACCUUACUGGACCGCUAUCUACCCAGGAUGUCGCCAACAUCCAGGAAGCCGCCGGUGUCACAGAUGCGCAGGCCUCGGGCAUCCUCGCCUUUCUGAACGUGACCACGGUUGCCGAUGCCGAGUCGACAUGGGCCGACUUCGAGAGCGAAACCAGGCGCCGCCAGCGCCUUCUUGCUACCUAUCUUUCCGAGCGGCGGUCAUUCUUGAGCGCUGCUGAUGGCCUCAUCACCUUUCUACUGCAUUCCCGGUCGUCGACCGCCUACCCGGAAGCCAAUGUCUUACGACAAGCUGUCAUGAAGGACGCUUUCGAUUUUGAUGACGCUGCGUUACACCCAGACAUGUCCCAACUUGAUUCUUUGGCGCCGACCUAUAUCGGCAUACUCGACGACUGCAUGAAUAGGGCUAGGGAAGGUCCGGCCGCUAUGGACCAGCAGAUCAUGACCGCCCAACUCGAGGUGGAUUGGGUCCGCACGGCGCUCACCGAGGCAAUUCAUGCCAUGUCACUUACCUUCCAGAUCCUGGACCUCAAAACCCCGGCAUUCACUGCGGUAGAAGUUGUGUCGCGGUGGUUCGCAUUCGUCGAUACCUACGAAUUCCUUGAACCCGUAGUUGGGGACCAUGAACUGAUUGCCGAGCUGGUGAUGCCCCUUCGGAGUAUGGUUACCGCCAUCUCAUUGAAGCUUCUCAACAUUGACCGGGCGCUCUUGUACCUCACCCAGGAGGUUGAUCUGCUUGAGAACGAGGAUUCAUACAUAGACUCGACAGACGCAUUAACGCACAUCCACACAGUAAUCACGGCCGCAGCGAAUGCCUGCCUGAUGACUGCCGCGCCUGUCGUGUUUGCCUGGUCUCUGAUUCUUCACCAGAUGCACCUUAACUACCAAGAAAGGGCAGAGAGGCGCGACCUCCUACAAAAUCAAAGGGCGCAAGCAGGGUUUGAGCUCGAAUUUGAGCCGUCCGGGUCCGGGCGCCCGCGGCGGAACUCGGCCGGGAGCAUUGUGUCUAUUGAGACGUCCCAAUACGAUGCCUUUCUUGUGUCCCAGCAAUUAGAGCGGGACAUCCAACUGGCUGAGAACAUGGCAAUGGUGGUCACGUCCCAAGGCAGCGUCUACGAUGUCAUGUCGGAGAUGGCAGUAUGCCUAGGCGGUAGCCAGGUCGCUGCUUUUCGGCCUAUUGUGGGCGCCCGCGCUCGCAUUGCCUUUCUGGAUCUUCUGAAAGGGAGCGUCCAUGUCAUCGGCUACCGGUCCGAACCAGUGUCCUGUCUCCUUUCCGUUCUCUCAGCCGGUACUCGAUAUUGGGACAUGCCGCUCGAGUCAGCUAAUGGAGCCGCCCGCAUGCUCUACGCUCGCAUGCUGGAACAGGGCGGACUGAGGGAUAAGUACACAGCCCAGUCGCAGAGCCGUUUUCCCUACGAAUUCCUGCCCUUUUCCUCCCUCUGCCGCAUACUAUCUGCCGCUUUGGUGUCAGACGAAGAGAAGUCAGAAGUAAUAACGGGCCUGCUCCUCCGGACUCCAAGUCUGACAGUCGACUGGAACAGCCGGUGGGACACGUCAUAUGAACUGGUAAACGAGGACGAAAACACCAACUCAUUCCGUCUAACUCACGAUAUCGACCUCUUUGAUUCGACAUCAAGGUCCAAACGGAGGUUCUCACCUGACGAGAAGCUCACCAUACCAGCGGGCACCUUUGGACGUUUUGUCACUGACGUGGGCAGGGUAUGUAAGCUAGAAUUCGAACAUUCCGCCCUGGCCUUGUUUGGAAAGCGUCUCGAAGUCAAUCUUAUGGGGGUUAUCUACGACAGCGGGCUAGCAUUCCUCACCGGGGAUGAGGUGAUUGAGGGAAUCUCACUCAUCGCUACGGUUUUGCGUGCUGAUGUUCUGCGGGCUUCUGCCCCGUCGAAGGCCGAUUCCGAUCAGGGCAUGAGGAUUUUGAGGGAGGCCAGCCGCCUACUCCCCCGCGCGAAGGACAUCAUCAGCGUCGUCUGCGAUACUAUGGAUAGUUUGAUUGAGGAAGAACUUGCAGACCUCGAUGGCCCAAAGAUUGCAGCCUUGUCGUCCUGCGUUCAAUUCUUGCAUGCCACGCUUCCGGUCUGCCCGGGGCGCGUCUGGGCCUACAUGUCACGGUGCGCCCUCCUCAAUAGCGACACCAGAGCUGGACGCCUCUCCAAGGUCAUGGGGAACCUCGACAUGGCUGCUGAGCGGUUCGACUUGCUUCUGUCUGCCGUGAAGUUAUUUUCUAGCCUGGUUGAGAGCUCGAUGACGAGCGCCGUGCAGCGGAGGAUCGUCACUAAUCUGAAUUCUCGACCAAAGGGGGAGGAGAGCCCGUGGCUGGGCACUUCGGAUAAAAUCCUGUCCCGCGUCACCCUCUCGAUAGCCCAAACCGCGAUCGAUAUCUUUGAGAGCUCUGCGACUUGGAGGUUCACGUCCGAAGUCGACCGCAGCUCCCUGGUCCGGGAUGUUGUGGGCAUCAUGCACAAGCUACUAUCUUACACUUAUAGCAUCGGCUCAACUGACGUCCAGCAGAGCUUGACAAGCACCCUUGCUCCAGCAGCCGGGUACAUUGUGGAGAGUUUUCUGUCCACGUCGUCGAGCUCCCUGCGUUUUCAGCCUCUUCUGGCAACUCUACUCGCUGCGUUUCAGCUUCCCGACUCAACCCUCUACCCUCAGCGAUCCCGAAUCGUAUCUGAAAGGCUAACAUCGGUUCUGGAAUUCGCUACCAUCCUUCUACGGGUCGCCGACCACCUGGAUCAACCUUCCGCUGUUAUUCAAAGCCAACUCUUCAAGUCCGCGUCCCUUGUCGCUCGGCUGCCGGCGGUUAGGCAUUCAUUCCGGAUGCCAGCAAUCUCCCUUCUGAGCGCGCUUGUUGAGAGUGCCGGUAAGGCGAGCGGCGAGCCUCCGUCGCUGCUGGGGUACCUCGGUCCGCAGAUAUCGCGUUCCUUCAUCCAGAUUGCCUCCCAGUUAGACAAGCCGUUCGAUAGGACACCAGAAGUCGCCGGUACGUGGAGGUUCUUCUCAACAAUCGUGCGCAGCCGUCAACAAUGGAUGGCGAACUGUCUUCUCACGGGCAAGACGCCCCGGGAAGCGCUUAAGGGCGAUGCAAAGAUUUCCCAGCUCACCGCUGGCUCUGUAUUGUCAGCAGCACUGGAAAAACUGCGCUCAAUCAGCAAUAUUCCGAGCCAAGAAAGCCUGGCCGUCCUCGAUUUUUUUACCGCGGCGCAGAACUAUUGGCCAUGGACCAUCUUCGCAAUGCAAAAGGAUAAGGCUUUUCUGCAGGAUCUUCGAACCUAUGUUCGCGAGCUCAAAUCUCCCACGGUCAUUGCCAAGGCAGAGCCGGCCGAGGCUGGCUAUCAAGCCCGAAUAGCAGCCUACAUCGCCGAGACAUUUGCUAUGCAACUGUAUCAUCUACGCCAGAUGCGCCAGGAGCAAGGCUUUGCGACGGAUCUGGUGAAUGAUUUGGACUACUUCCUUAGGGAUGGUGUCCAUGUGUCGGGCUACAACGCCUCGUUGCACGCGAAUUUUGCAAGGAAUUUUGCGAAGCGUUACCCCGGGUGUUCGGUCGAUGACUUCAAGCGGACUCUGCUGGUAGCACGAGACCUCGGGUCUAACUACUACUACGACUUGGAUUUUGCAGAGAGCAUGCUCAGGUAUGACGCCGGCUGGGCCGGUUCUCGCCAGAACGGCUUCAGGCGGGAAAUGGAGACGGCAAAUCUAAAUCUCUCCCUGGUGGAGGCCCAAGUUGCGCUGUUUCGUGCUUGGGAGUAUCUGCUCUUGGAGCUCAGUAUCUGCCUCUUGCGCAAGAACCCAGCAGUUGCAAAGCAGAUGCUGCAGGUUGCAGAGCAAUGCUUGGAGGCAAACCAACGCCCUCAGCCUCCCGAGAACAUCUUUGUGGUGCUCUCGCAUUCGCGGGCAAACCUAGCUCUAACCGUCCUCCAGCGACUCGCGGACUGCUCACGCCUACCCCGAGACAUCACCCAGCUGCUUAUGCUCAUCUCUGCCACUAUUUACGGGGUCGAAAACCCUUUCAGUCAAGGCCAAAUCUCCUACUUCCGCACCCUUCUCAAAAUCCUCUUCGUAAUUCUUCGCAGCACCCGCCACUCCGCCAAUUCGCCAGCGUCAAAAAGCAACAACAGCGAGCCUGAGACCCAUGCCGCGGUGACCCAACUAGUCCUCAACAUCCUCGAGCGGGUCGUCGCACGAUCCUUCCGCACACUCGCCGCUCUCGUCCACGAGCCUGAUUCGCCCACCGCGCCGGAAGAUUUAGCCCUCCUGACCGCCGUCCUCCAGGCGUGCCUCAGUGUACCCGGCAUUGACCAAUGCCAGGUUCAAGUGCUCAACAUCAUGGCCUCGCAUGACAUCCUACAAGUCGCCACCUCGCUUUUCUCCUGGUCUGACCGCCUCACUUCCCAAAAGGGCGAUGGCAGCAAUAACGACCCUGUGUACGGUGAACUCGCCCUCCUCUUUCUUCUCGAGCUCUCGGCCCUGCCCUUAAUAGCUGAGCAGCUCGCCAACGACAAUCUGCUCGGCCAUCUAACCUCGGCCAAUCUCUCGGGCUACAUGCGCCGCGAGAACGUCUCGCCUUUUGCCGACGACCCUGGUGCGGCGCGUUGCUACGCCAUCUGGGCGAAGGGCAUUCUCCCUCUGCUCUUGAACAUUCUCGGCGUGGUGGGUGCCACUUUCGCCCCUGAAGUGGCCAUUGUCCUGAACCAGUUUCCGAACCUCCUCCGCUCCAGCGCCGAGAGGCUAGAAGCACCAGGGUUAAGUCGCACAGCAACCAGCACCACUGCAGCUGCCACCGCGAAGGCGUCAGCGUCGUCCCCGCCAUCGGCCUCCUCCACUUCGAUGGCCCUGCAACGCCAUGGCGGCGGCCCACAGUUCCUCGCUCUCGUGGCCAUCUCGGAGGUGCACUCGCUCGCGCUGCUGACGCGGGUGCUGGCGAAGCUGAGGAUGAAUAACAACAGGGAUAUCCCCGAAGUGGCGGGGUGGGAUGCCGGCGCCGUGCUGGAGAACGUCGAGUUUUGGUUGGCGAGCAGGAAGUUGCUCCGGGAGAGGCUGCUGCCGCUGGGGCCGAGGGAGGUCGAGUGGCGCCGGAUGGCGCCCGUUGGGGAAGCCGCCGGGUGCGCGAACCGCUUGGAGGAGAAGGCGGUGGGCUUGUUGGAGGGGGUGAGGGAUGUCCUUGCCGAUGCGCUUGCUGAGGAAGGCGGGGAGUAGUCUCUUUCUGUUUUUAUGUGAUGAGUGUAGACGGACAGGAAUGAGGUU